UAAUAAAUAAUUAUAUUUCUUAAUAAAUGGCACGAAGAGGAUAGUAACCACCACCAUAACAAGCUCCCCCUGCUUAAAAGAAUCAAACAGGAAAAUUCAAUCCAGCCGAAUUUGUUAAACCUGGUUUGACCGAAGAGGAAGUUUUGGAAAUCAAAGAAGCAUUUGACUUAUUUGACACAGACGGCACCCAAUCAAUCGAUCCAAAGGAAUUAAAAGCUGCAAUGACUUCUUUGGGAUUUGAAGCAAAAAAUCAAACCAUUUACUAAAUGAUUAGUGAUUUAGAUACAGAUGGAAGUGGUUAAAUUGAUUUUGCAGAAUUCUUGAAAUUGAUGACAGCCAGAAUUAGUGAAAGAGAUUCAAAAGCUGAUAUCUAAAAAGUCUUUAAUUUGUUUGAUUCUGAGAGAGCAGGAGUUAUUACCUUAAAGGAUUUAAGAAAGGUAGCCAAAGAAUUAGGAGAAACCAUGGACGAUUCAGAAUUGUAAGAAAUGAUUGAUAGAGCUGACUCAGAUGGAGAUGCUUAAGUAACAUUUGAAGAUUUCUACAAUAUUAUGACAAAAAAGACCUUUGCAUGAAUUCAUUAUCACAUAAAACAUAAAAACAUAUUCAAUAUAUAUUAUAA